AUACCCUGCUGUCUGACAUGUCAACGAUCUACAACACCGGACGAGUGUGCAAGUUUGGACUGACCUGCGAAGAAAAUGAUAACACCUUUCGUUUACCGUUAGAUCCAGAUAUUAAGAGGAUUCUCUCUACGUCACGUAACUACUACGAGCUGCUGCACUACUGGACCGGCUGGCGUGACAACGUCGGCACUCCGAUGCGACAGAAAUACAUCCGCUUCACCGAGCUCAGCAACGAAGCUUCUACUAUCAACGAGGCAGACGUCAACUUCCUCAUGAAGAUGGCACUGGGUAAGAUAGCUUUCAUUCCUUUCGGCUACCUCAUCGACCAGUGGCGCUGGAGUCUCUUCAGUGGCGAAUACUCCACGGCAGAGAUGAACGAGAAAUGGUGGGAUCUGAGGUGCAAAUGGCAGGGCCUGAAGUCAGAUUCCGUAAGAACUGAAGAGAACUUUGACCCAGGAUCAAAAUAUCACAUUCCCUCCAAUACACCUUACAUCAGAUAUUUCGUCUCCUACAUCAUACAGUUCCAGUUCCACAAGUCUCUGUGUGAGACGGCAGGCCACACGGGUUCACUGCACACGUGUGACAUCUAUAAAAACAUAGAAGCAGGCGACAAGCUAGCAGAGGCGAUGAAGCUUGGAGCGUCGAAACCCUGGCAGGACGCCAUGGAAAUUCUUACGGGACAAACCAAGAUGGACGCCACCGCCAUAAUGGAGUACUUUCAGCCACUCAUCGACUGGCUGGAUGAACAGAUUAGCGAGCAUGAGCUAACGCAAGGCUGGGACUGCACGAUCCCGAGCACCGGAGGAGCGAGCAGGGCGCACGCGGCGUCUGCUAUCGUCGUUCUCCUAGCAACGAUGUACUCGCUGCUGCUGCUGCGUCUCUCGUAACGGAUUGCAACGCUGACGUCACGGAUUCAUGUGCACACGUGUCGAUUACAGUCGCGUGAAAUUGACGCGUUCGAUUUAGUGAUUAUAAUAAAAAAAAAUGUGAUCGCGUACGAAA